UGUGUGUGUGUGUGUGUGUGUGUGUGUGUGUGUGUGUGUGUGUGUGUGUGUGUGUGUGUGUGUGUUUCAAACAGUCUGCGUCACUAUGAUCAGGUUAGUUUCCUGACCUCAAGUGAGCUUUAAUUUUUCCCCACGCAGGCUAUUGGAAUCCAAGGACUAGGGGAGAGAUCGACGCAAAAAACAACCCUGCGCUUCACUUGGAACUGACUUCGCAGUAACAAUGGCAACCCUGGUUACUACACACUCACAUUCUUGGAUGGAGACAAGAGCACUGAGAAAAAUGUCACCGAUACUGAAAUCAAAGUAUGUCAAAGGUCUUACCCACUGACGCACAAACGCAAACUCCUCGCGUGAUUACAGAACCACAUUGUGAAACGUUUCGGCGUCUCAGCUCGACUCUUACUAGGCGUCACUGGCAAUUGCUAAAGUGAUUUUGAUUCUAAUGAUAGUCUAACAAGAAUUUUGUACUACUGAUGAACAAAAGACCCAUGAAAACCCGGCGUAUUAUCUCUAUGGCUUUUGAAAACAGUCUUUAUGAGAAACCAAACGCAUUUCAGAAAAGGGACCUUGACAUGCCUGGCGGUGCAAGAUCUACAGGCUAAAUAUCUGUGUUCAGAAACGCUUUUGCUCUCUCACCACGACUAUUCUCAAAAGUCACAGAGAUGAUUUGCUUGAUUCAAAAGAGAGAGAAAGAAUAAAUAAAUAGAUAAAAAUCGGCCUUAAAAACUCACGUAACUUCACCUAUAUACAGCCUUUUGAAUGUAGCGGAGGUGUGGCGCAGAAGUGUCUCAUAAUAUUGCCCUUAACUUCACCUCUUCUCCCGCCGCAGUUUGCUCACCUGACUCCAGGCAAAAAGUACACGUUAGAGGGGAAGGAGUGCUUUACAACAGUGCACUGUGACAUACUGACGACACUUGAAGAAUGGACGGAACCAGAGAAGCCACGAGUGCUGGAAAAGACAGAACUCCAGACAACAACAAGACAUCACCAUCACCAUCCAGCUGCCCGUCCUGCAGAACCCUCCAGGAAUGCACUGGAUAUUGUUGAGGAAAUACAGCGGCGGCGGCGACGAACAUCACACAAGGAAGCAAGACACUGAGGAGAAAGCACUGGUAAUGGUUCGCACGGAAAGGGAGAAGGAAAGGAAGGAGGCGCAGGCAAAGAGGAGGAAUAGUCGUUCCGCUGAUCCAGGCCAAAACGAUCACUCGUUGCGAAUUGUGGCAAAGAUCGAAGUGGUGGAGGACAAGGACCCCGAGGAGUUAGUGGUGGUGGGAGGCGACUGGCAUGGAGGGAAGGGUCUGGAAAGCGACACUGAGUACAUUGUGUUCAUAGUGACGGAGACCAGGGCAGGUCCCUACAGUGAAUACUUCUCGUGCAAACCAAGGAUUAUGAGGACAGCGAAUCGCCCUAAAGAGCCCGCUACUUAGGGGGUGACCGUGGCCCUGUGUUCUGCUGCGCUGUUCCUCAUUUGCUUCAUUGCACCACUGCUGAUCUCUUGUUCUAACACAGGAAGCAGCUUCCGUAGAAGAGUCGUUGUAACCCAGUCAACAAGGAAGGUAAGGCAUGAAGACAGGAAUCAUGCGGACCAUAACUAAGGCCAGCAUUCAGAGACCCUUUGUUCUCUCACCACAGCGACUGAGGUACUGUCAAAGACGACUACGAUAUGUUAAGACAAGUAGAAUCAACCUUCCAGAUACUAUAUAAUGGUUUAGGGAAUAGACCUCUGUAUUAGAUAGCUAGUAUACUCAAUAAUUUUGCUCUGUAUUGAUAUCUCUGUUUCCUUAUUCUUGAAAUAAUUAAUAAAAUGCUCAGCAAGCAAUAUUCUCUGUUGACCGUCGUAGCAAACAGUGUUGUGGUGAUUCUUUGCUCGAUGGAUUCUGUUACUACGAAACCGAGUCUUUUGUGUUGAUUCGAGUCUGUACUGGUGAUAGGCACCAA